AUGGCUUCCGACCCGCAGCGAGAGUUUCUGUUCCUGAAUCAGUCUCUACCUUCCACACCCCGCUCGCAGAGGGAGAAAGAACUCCAAGAUGCAGAUCGUCGAGCUCAUGCAGCGCGGAACUCCAGACUCAAGCGACCCAUUCCGCAGGCCGAAGACGAAGCUGUCAGCUCGAGCCGUCGCUCCCCAAAGAGACUUAGCCGUCGUUCGGUUGAUGACGAUGUUCAACACGAUGGUGACGAUUCGACGCUUCCAGUUAUCAGACAGAAGCUGGCGGUACGACCCAAAACUCCAGAACGUCCGCAGAUCGUGCACGGGUUGCCGCUGGUACCCACGAGUUUGACCUCCACAACCUCACUGAGCCAGGCUAACUAUGACCCGUUUGACACGGCCCCGGUUAGCGGGCUGCCUCCUUUCAUCUACGAUAUCCUGGAACAUUUGCUGAACCAGGAUCCGAUCACCACCGAACGAUAUGAAGCCAUGAGACGGAGGGACGCACGGGAGAUUCCUUUUAUUCUCCAUGCACAGAUUGUCAACGCAGGGGGACACAGAUUACGACUGCUUCCGGCGAAUGACCAGUCUCGGUCACUGGUAGCACGAGCAGUAUCGUACCAUGAGCGGAAGACUCUCGAGGCGGUUGCAGAUAUCGUCCAGAGGAAUCCGAUGCCGCCUUGGAAGAGUAUAAUUCUGGCGCUGCUUUUGGUGACAUGGCCUGCUGGAACUCACGAGGAGGAGCCGUCCAGAUAUCCCGUUUCCCCCAUGGCCAAAGCGCAGAAUCUACACCUUUUCAACAACAUGGAAUUGACGCCCGGCAGAAUCCAGCAGAUCCGACGGUUUUACCGGAUCCUCGAGCCACUUGGUGGUAUAGAUGGCUCCCCUCUGCCCGAUCACUGCCAUGUGUUCAGCUUUGCGGACACGUUCGUCUCGACUCGUCUCGGCGUCCGCCCUCUCUGGCCGUGGCCCAACAAGCUGCGCUACGCCUACGAAGCAUUCAAGGACCUUGUGCUCGAUCCCCGUGCAUUCCAACUAUCUCUGGUGAUGGGUCGAGGCUUCUCCUGCGUGCAAAAUCCCGGGCUAUUACGAGCUCUAAUGCUAGCAUGUCGAGCGACGCUGGGCAUCGACCUGUAUCACCGGAAGGCCCCCACGGCACCUAUAAUCAGAGAUAUAUGCACAGUCAGGAAUGCCGUGCAGCAUCAGCUAUGCUCGCUCGAUCCACCGUUGGAUCUGGUGCCCUCACAUGAGGACUCUCUCUACAACAUGGUACGACUUGCUGCACUGAUCUACAGCGAUCUAGUCCUUUUCCCGCUCGGGGAAUCUGUGAGCAUCACGUUGCAGCUUGCGUACGACUUGCGCAAAGCGCUGGAAUUAUUCUUUACAGGCGAGACGCUGGAAGAACAGAUGGAGCGUGAGCUCACAGUCUGGUGUCUGACAAUGGGCGCCAUGGCAGCGCAUGGGACGGUUCACCAGGAAUGGUACGUCUUGCAGCUGAGUCGGAGCUUGCGCGAGGAUCGGCGACUGUUGGACUGGAUUUUGUUUCAGACUCUGAUGUCGCAUUUCUUGUGGUGGGACUAUGUGCUCCAGCCACGGUGCUGGGACGUAUGGAACGAGGCGGCACAGCAGAUUCAGAUUCAGGUGGAAUGGUCGAGUUCACCCUCUCCGUAA